GCACCCCCUCCAAACUACCUCUCUGCUCCUAGAAACCGUCCAGAGGGCAAAGUGCUGGAGACCGUGGGGGUGUUUGAGGCACCAAAGCAGCACGGCAAAUAUGAGACGGGUCAGCUAUUUCUUCACAGUGUGUUUGGCUAUCGAGGAAUAGUCCUGUUUCCCUGGCAAGCCAGGCUUUAUGAUCGAGAUGUGGCUUCUCCUGUCACAGAAAAAAGUGAGAAUGCGGCAGGCCAUGGUUCCAAAGAGGUCAAGGGCAAAACGCAUACUUACUAUCAAGUGCUAAUAGAUGCCCGGGAUUGCCCGCAUAUAUCCCAGAGAUCACAGACAGAAGCAGUGACGUUCCUGGCAAAUCACGAUGACAGCAGAGCCCUCUAUGCCAUACCAGGUUUAGAUUAUGUAAGCCAUGAAGAUAUCCUUCCCUACAGCUCCACCGAUCAAGUGCCCAUCCAGCAUGAGCUCUUUGAGAGGUUUCUCAUGUAUGACCAAACAAAAGUUCCACCUUUUGUAGCAAGGGAUACACUGUGUGCAUGGCAGGAGAAGAACCACCCCUGGCUGGAGCUCUCCGAUGUGCACCGAGAAACCACAGAGAACAUCCGCGUCACAGUCAUCCCGUUCUAUAUGGGCAUGCGGGAAGCCCAGAAUUCCCAUGUCUACUGGUGGCGCUACUGCAUUCGCCUGGAGAACCUUGACAGUGAAGUGGUACAACUCCGAGAGCGGCACUGGAGGAUAUUUAGCUUGUCUGGCACCUUGGAAACAGUCAGGGGCCGUGGCGUUGUAGGAAGGGAGCCAGUUUUAUCCAAAGAACAGCCGGCGUUUCAGUACAGCAGUCACGUCUCCCUGCAGGCAUCCAGUGGUCACAUGUGGGGUACUUUUCGAUUUGAGAGGCCUGAUGGCUCCCACUUUGAUGUCCGAAUCCCACCCUUUUCUCUGGAAAGCAACAAAGAUGAGAAGACCCCCCCCUCCGGCCUUCACUGGUAG